AUGAAAAAAAUAAAUUUAUUACUAAACGGAUUAGGGAAUAUUUUUAAAAAGAGAAAUAAUAACCAAUUGCAAUCAUCUAUACUGAAAAAUAUAAAAAUACAAAACAUAUACUGUAACGAGAAGAUUAAUAAAAAGGAUCAUUAUAUUUAUUUUAAAGAAUAUGAUAUAAAAACAAAUAAUUGUGAUUACAAAAAAGUAAUGAAAACUAAAAAGUUGUUUAAAGUUGGAAACUAUAAUAAGAAUGUUAUUUUAUUUAUUUGUUUUGGUUCUAUUUCAAGUAUAAUUUUAUUUGUGUUUUUUAUAUCAGUAAAAUGGAAUAAUUAUUAUUAUUAA